UCUCCAACGGAGACCAUGGGCAAGAUUACUUUUUACGAGGACAGGAACUUCCAAGGUCGUAGUUAUGAGUGCAGCAAUGACUGCACAGACCUGCACUCCUACUUCAGCCGCUGUAACUCCAUCAGGGUGGAGAGUGGCUGUUUUAUGAUCUAUGAGCGCCCCAACUACAUGGGCCACCAGUAUUACAUGAGAAGGGGAGAAUAUCCUGAUUAUCAGCGGUGGAUGGGCUUCAGUAGCUGUAUCCGAUCAUGCCGUAUGAUUCCAAUGUACCGGGGUUCAUAUAGGAUGCGAAUCUACGAGAAGGCCGACUUCAGCGGUCACAUGAUGGAGUUCAUGGAUGACUGUCCCUGUGUGUCUGAUCGUUUCCACCACCGCCACGUCUACUCCUGUAAUAUCAUGAACGGCUUCUGGAUCUUCUACGAGUAUCCCAACUACCGGGGUCGACAGUACUUCCUGAGAACAGGAGAGUACAGGAGAUACCGUGAAUGGUGCGCCACCUGCGCCAUUGUAGGCUCCUUUAGACGCGUCACUGACUUUUAUUCAAAGCACAAGCUGAUCCACUGUCAACCACCAACCACCAACAUGGGCAAGAUUAUCUUCUACGAGGAGAGGAACUUCCAGGGCCGCAACUAUGAGUGCAUGAGCGACUGCCCUGACAUGUCCCCCUACAUGUCCCGCUGCCAGUCCUGCAGGGUUGAGAGCGGCUGCUUCAUGGUGUAUGAGCGCAACAACUUCAUGGGCCAGCAGUUCUUCAUGAGGAGGGGAGAGUACCCUGACAUGCAGCGCAUGAUGAGCAUGGGCAUGAUGUUCGACAACAUCAGGUCCUGCAGAAUGAUCCCCAUGCACAGAGGAUCCUUCAAGAUGAGGAUCUACGAGAGGGAGAACUUCGGAGGUCAGAUGCACGAGAUGAUGGACGACUGUGACUCCAUCCAGGAGCGUUACCGCAUGUCCGACUGCCAGUCCUGCAACGUGAUGGAUGGCCACUGGCUGAUGUACGAGCAGCCCCACUUCAGAGGAAGGAUGAUGUACAUGAGGCCUGGAGAGUACAAGAACUUCAGGGAGAUGAGCAUGGGCAUGAGCCAGGGAUCCAUGAGAUUCAUGAGCAUGAAGCGUAUCAAUGAUAUGUGCAAUUAAAUGUCUUUAAUUGUUCAUGGUAAUAAAAUAAUUGAAGAUCUUUCAUAA